AAAACAGAUGCAAAUAAUAAUUUUCACCUCCCGUCGUUUUCACUCCUCGCUAGUCAUUAGUCAUUACUCUCUCCCUACUACUCUGCAACUCUUCUUUGUCUUUAAGAAGAAGGAACAACGAGUUCACUCCCUCAUCCCUCUGUUCACACACGGACAAUCAUAUGUGUGUGAGUGAAUAUUGCUGAAGCUUCUAUAGCACAGGGCAUUCUGCUGGAAAAAGGCGUUAGGAAAUUCAAAAAUGGAGCAAUCUUAUUCACUUUACUGAUUCGAGCCAUGUGAUUUCUGACACAUCAUUCCUCUUAUUGAUUUUUUCCUAAUUUCCGAUGUCUACAUUUGCAUAGCAUCGACUCAGCCAAACUGAGUAAUUGAAUAUAGUCAUAUACCGUGAGUUGUUAUUCAAUUUGUUGUGUUUGGAGAAAUGGCGGCUUCGUCUUCGAGAGGAAGAAGCAGUUCACCGUUUAGUCAUCGGAAACCGUCGACUCCUUAUUCAUCUACGUCGUCAUCAUCUUCGAUGAUGAACAGUCGUUUAAUGCCGCGCUCAUGUUCCUCUUCGGCGACGUCUUUCUACGGCGCUGGUGGCAGUGGUGGAUACGGCUCUAGAUCCACGGCGUCUAAUCGCAAUGGUGGCGACUAUUCACGAAGUCGUACGCCGGUGACUUACCCGUCGAUGGAGGAGCAGCUGAUUGGAGAGCCAUUGGACAGUGCUUCGAGAUCGGGGGAUAGCAUUUCAGUGACAAUUAGAUUUAGGCCUCUGAGUGAAAGGGAAUAUCAGAGAGGAGAUGAGGUCGCAUGGUAUGCAGAUGGUGAGAAAAUUGUGCGGAAUGAGUAUAAUCCAAUGACGGCAUAUGCGUUUGAUAGGGUUUUUGGAUCUAAUACAAAUACUCUGGAAGUCUAUGAAGUAGCUGCUCGACCUGUAGUUAAGGCUGCAAUGGAUGGCGUAAAUGGAACCGUAUUUGCUUAUGGUGUCACCAGUAGUGGGAAAACACACACUAUGCAUGGAGAUCAAAAUUCUCCAGGGAUCAUACCAUUGGCUAUAAAGGAUGUCUUCAGCAUAAUUCAAGAUACUCCAGGUCGCGAAUUCCUACUCCGAGUGUCAUAUCUUGAAAUUUACAAUGAGGUGAUCAAUGACUUACUGGACCCCACUGGCCAAAAUUUGCGUGUGAGAGAAGAUGCACAGGGAACUUACGUUGAGGGCAUAAAGGAAGAAGUUGUUUUAUCCCCGGGGCACGCCCUUUCAUUUAUUGCUGCAGGAGAAGAGCAUAGACACGUUGGAUCAAAUAAUUUCAACCUCUUUAGCAGCCGUAGCCAUACUAUAUUCACAUUGAUGAUCGAGAGUAGUAACCAUGGAGAUGAUUAUGAUGGAGUUAUUUUCUCACAGUUGAACUUAAUUGAUCUAGCGGGGUCUGAAAGUUCAAAAACUGAAACAACCGGGAUAAGGAGAAAGGAAGGAUCUUACAUCAAUAAAAGUCUUCUAACUCUUGGAACUGUAAUUGGAAAACUAAGUGAAGGAAAGGCAUCCCAUGUUCCUUAUCGGGAUUCAAAGCUUACACGCCUUCUACAAUCCUCACUAAGUGGGCACGGACAUGUUUCGCUUAUUUGUACGAUCACUCCAGCAUCAAGCAAUAUGGAGGAGACUCAUAACACCUUAAAAUUUGCCAGCAGGGCAAAACGUGUUGAAAUCUAUGCCUCACGUAAUAGGAUUAUUGAUGAAAAAUCGUUGAUUAAGAAGUAUCAAAAAGAAAUAUCAUCUCUCAAAGAAGAACUUGAUCAACUUAAGAGGGGGAUGCUUGCUGGUGUUAGCCAUGAAGAUAUUAUUGUUUUAAAGCAACAGUUAGAAGAAGGGCAGUUUAAAAUGCAGUCAAGACUAGAGGAGGAGGAAGAUGCCAAGGCUGCUCUAAUGAGUAGAAUUCAGAGGCUAACUAAACUGAUCCUUGUCUCCUCAAAAAAUGCAAUACCGGGAUACAUGAAUGACAUGCCCUCUCAUCAAAGGAGUCUUUCUGCUGCUGAGGAUGAAAAGUUGGAUGCGGUGCAUAAUGGUUCUUUGAAAUUCUACCAUGAGAACCAAAAAGAUUCUCCAUCCUCUGGUUUAACUACCUCAUCGGAUGCAUAUAUUCUGAAGCACAGAAGAUCAUCCAGCAAGUGGAAUGAGGAUAUAUCUCAAGCUGGCAGUACUACAUCUGAAACAACUCAAGCGGGUGAACUUAUUAGUGGAUUGUCCUCUAUGUCAAAACUACUUGUAGAUGGUGCGUCAUCAGAUGAGAUGGAUCUCCUUGCUGAACAAGUUAAGAUGCUUGCAGAAGAGAUUGCACUAGGCACAAGUACCCUAAAGCGUUUGGUUGACCAAUCUGUAAAUGAUCCCAAUAGCUCAAAAGAUCAGAUUGAAAACUUGGAGCGUGAUAUACAAGAAAAGAGAAAACAGAUGAGAGCUUUAGAACAACGGAUAGUUGAGAGAAGUGAAGCUUCUGUUGCUAAUGCGUCCAUGGUUGAAAUGCAGCAGACGGUCAUGAAAUUGAUGGCACAGUGCAGUGAGAAGGGUUUUGAGCUUGAGAUCAAGUCAGCAGAUAACCGUGUUCUUCAAGAACAGCUGCAGAACAAGUGUGCUGAGAACAAGGAAUUGCAAGACAAAAUCCUGCUUCUGGAACAACUCGCUUCAGUAUCUGGUGGCAAGAAGACACCCACGUCUGGAAUGUGUGUAUCUGAUGAAUGUGCUGAUGAGUUGAGAAAGAAAGUGCAGUCACAGGAAAUUGAAAAUGAGAAACUAAAGCUAGAACAUGUUCAAACUUUAGAGGAAAAUAGUGGGUUACGUGUACAGAAUCAGAAAUUAUCCGAGGAAGCUUCUUAUGCUAAAGAACUAGCGUCUGCUGCUGCAGUUGAGUUAAAGAACUUAGCUGGUGAAGUUACUAAGCUGUCUGUACAAAAUGCCAAGUUGGAAAAAGAGUUAUUGGCUGCUCGUGAGUUAAGCUCUAGAAGCUCUGGAAAUGGUGGUAACCGCAGGCUUAAUGAUAUACAAAGAACUGGUCGAAGAGGUCGGGCCUCCAGCAGAUCAAAUGAUGUUUCUGGAAUGGUUAAUGAUGACUUUGAUUCGUGGAGUCUUGAUCAUGAUGAUCUGAAGUUGGAGCUGCAAGCAAGGAAACAACGAGAGUCGACUCUAGAGGCUGCCUUGGCUGAGAAGGAAGUUCUGGAAGAUGAAUACCGGAAAAAGUUUGAAGAGGCAAAGAAGAGGGAGGCAGCACUAGAAAACGAUCUGGCAAACAUGUGGGUGCUUGUUGCUCAACUAAAAAAAGAGGGGAGUGUUGUGCAAGAACAGAAGAUGAAUGACAGACUGCAUGAGGACAAAGAUCAAAUAAGUGUUCCAAAAAUUGGCAUUGUUGAGAAGGAUCCAAAUCCAAUACCUAAAAACAGGGAAUCUUCUGAUAAUUCAGUACCACAUUUAGAUGUUCCCAAAGAAGAACCUCUAGUUGUCCGCCUGAAGGCUCGAAUGCAGGAGAUAAAAGAAAAGGAAAUGAGGUACACCGUAAAUGGUGAUGCGAAUUCUCACGUGUGUAAAGUUUGUUUCGAGUCACCUAGUGCGGCAAUGCUUCUCCCAUGCCGUCAUUUUUGCUUAUGCAAGUCAUGUUCCCUUGCCUGUUCAGAGUGUCCUAUUUGCCGAUCAAAAAUAUCGGAUAGGAUUUUUGCCUUUACUUAAGGGAGGGAUAUGAUCAUCCUUACUUUACCUGCUUGUUAUUUUCGUGAAAUGGCAGGUGCCAUUCUUUCAUUAGUUCAAGUGUAUGUAAUCCACAACUUUGUAUAUUAUUGUGAGGGGGAUAGAUAUGGGAGUUUACGCGGUUGAAAGCAUUGUGAAAUUUGAGUGAUCAUUAGUAAAAUGUAUAGAAUAACACUACAGAAUGUUCACUGUUAUCAGUCACUUGAAUCCUCGUGUCAAAUAUUAAUAUGCAAGAAAAGCAUUUUGUUUCGGAUCA